AAAAAAAGAUGCGGGGGAGCGGAGGAAAAAGACGACGUGCGUGGGUGCAAAGCGGUGCGCACUCGCGACCGAGCUCUUCCCAAAGUGCACGACACGCGGGACCACCGCGAGCCGCAUGACGUAACGCGCAUUUCUGGACUAGACCGUGACAUUGCAUAACGAAAUGCAUUAACCGCGUAUCGCGAUACGCAAGUAGCGCGCGCGAGCCGUCUGUCCGUCCGUCCGUCCGUCCGUCCGACAGCAGAUAGUGCCAUAUAUUGUCGUCUCAUCGUAAUUACAAGCUUCUUACGAGCGCGACCAUGUACGCUUUACGAGUCUAUUAAUACUCUAACGCGCUUUCUAGCGUUAUAUACGCCUAUGUAAGAGCCGAGCACUCGAAGAAAUAAUCGAUCCGCUCGCUGUCGGGAAAUAAUUCGCCCGCGGUAGGCGGGUCCCAUCAACGUCGUUUACCGUUAAUCACGAUCCCGACGACUUGCGAUCGUAACGUCACCCACCCCUUUAACCCGCGGAUCUCGUGUCCUUUUUGGUUGAGGAACCUUCUCCGCCCGGCUUUGUCCGAGAAACAUCUCGGAAGAGCGGUCUUCACUCGCGGCGAAGAGUUUGCAAAAGACGCGCCCACCUGUACUUGCAUCUCGGUCAAAGCCAAGGAUUGCGCAGAAAUUAGACAGUGAUGUGACGUAUGUGAAAGAAGACGAGAGAGGGGGUGCGGCGGAGGACGAAGAGGUGAGGAGAGGUGGGAGAGAGGGAGACACCGAGGGGGGCGCAAACGGAGCGUUUCAAGAAGCAGCGUACUUGGUCGCGGUAACGUGUGCGUGCGUGCGUGCGUGCUGUCGUAAACAACGCGGUGCGAGAAGGACCGCGAGGCGCAGACAGAGACGGAAACGCAAAGAGCGCGUCGUCGUCGGCAAUGAGUGCGCCGCGGGCAGACCUUGACGACCCGAGGAAGUCUCGCUACCAUUUUCGCGGGACGUGGUAGUGGGUCGCAGGUGUGGACCGAGCGAGCGACUCGACACCAGCACACACGGGUGCCACACAGGGUGGGGUAUCGCAGGCAGAAAUCGGUGUGCAUCCACACUACCGGCGCAGGGAACAAGGGCGACCUUGGCCUUACGAGCUUAUAUAACGAGGAAACGGCCGAUUCGCCAGCUCAGUCGUUUCGACCUAUCGACGACGACGACGACGUCGACGACGUGUGCAACCGAUAUUCUAUCGCGCUCUCUAGUGCGAACGGACGGCGCGCUCUACCAACGAUUUUCGCUGCUCGUCGCGCGAGACCCAAACGAAAGCAAAGUUCCGCAAAGCGGCAGCUGACAAAAAUCGGACCCAACCGCGAGAUCUUCCCCGUUGGAAGCGUUUCUCGCCGCGUGUCACCUGCGCGUCCCCGCGCGAAAAAAUUCGCCGCCGCCGCCGUCGCGUUCUCCACUCGAGCGACUUUUUCUCUCGCAGCAGCGCGAACAGCCAGCCUGCGUCGACGCAGGUGCUGUGCUCUCGCACGUGGGAACAAUCGUCGCCGCUGGAAACUUCCACUGGAGCAAUUACGAGGAGGUUGCUGAAAAUGCAAUCGACCACGCGGCGCGAGACCGAAGCCGCAGCGCGAUCGGAAAAAUAUAGGAGCCAUUAAAGGAGCGGCCGCGCGCGCGGCGGCGGUGGUCACUUCGGCGGGUCGCCGUCGCGGUGGGGGAUCCCCGCGGAAAAUCAACGUCUCUUCUUGGCAGAAACGGAGGCAGCUCGUGGGCGGCAGCGCGGCACGAGUCGCGGCGCGCGCGCGCGGGGCUCUUCCGCUUUUUUGACAGAUGCGAGCGUCAGUGCCGCGCGACGCGUCGCAGUGCCCGAGCGAGUCCGCCCGACAAUAUUUACGACGACGCACGUUCGUUCGCCCACGGCGACCCACUACUACUACCGCAGCUCGCCGUCGCGAGGAAGGAUGGUCAAUUCGAUAUUGCUGCUUUGGGCGUUGGUCGGCCUAAUUGGCCGGGUGCACGGCAAAUGCAGCUUAGCGCCGAUCGCCGACAACGAGCGGUCGAUCGCCUACGCGUGCAUCCACGGCGACCUGAGCGACCUCAACGAGCUGUCCAGCGAGACCGAGUGGAUCGAGUUCUCGGUGUCGCGCUUCCGCGAGAUCCCGGACGACGCGUUCCACCGAUUCCGAAAUUUACGCCGCCUGUCCUUCUACAAUUGUCACGUCAACGUCAUCGGACCCGAAGCCUUUCGCGGCCUGCACCGCCUGGACUGGCUGAUUUUCCACGGCACGCGGGUCCACGCGGCUAGGGCCGCGUGGUUCCGGCAUCUGCCGAAUCUCAGGAAGUUGAUCCUGGACAGAUGCGGCCUGGUGCACGUCGAGCCUGACGUUUUUCGCAUGCUACCGCGAGUCGAGACUCUAGGCUUGCGCGAUAAUGACCUCGAUUGUCUGCCGGUGGAGGAACUGUCGCAUAUGAGGAUGCUCAGGGCCGUGCGCAUCGACGGCAACCCGUGGUGGUGCGAGUGCCGCAUGAGACUGGACCGCUUCUUCCGCGAGAGGUCGAUCGUUCAGGAGGAGCGGUGCAAACCUCCGCCGGGAGUACACCAGAGGCUGCAGUGUAUGACGCAGAUCGACAUCCCGAUCUUGUUUCCAAUAAUAACCGUCGAGCAGAUCGGAGGUUACGAGGAAUCGCGCUACAGCAACCACUUCCAGACGAGCGCGUUGACGUCGCUGGACCGUUUGCCGGACAGGAGCACAUGGAUCGAGAUCACGGGGCUGCGGAUCGAUCGCGUGCCCGCGUACGCGUUCUUCCGCUUCGGCAACAGUCUGCGCGUCCUCGAGCUGCGCGAUUGCUCCAUCGACGUGAUCGAGCCCGGCGCGUUCGCCGGUCUACAUCAGCUGCAGCGUCUUGUGCUCGUCGGCAACCGGCUGCCCGCGGUGGCCGCCCAUUGGUUCAGCGAUCUCGUGGCGCUGCAACAAUUGGUGCUCGCGCGCAACGCCAUCGAGCGCCUCGAACCAGGCGCGCUGCGCCCGUUGAGCGACAGCUUGCGCCAUCUGGACAUGCGGUACAACCGGCUGCAAUGUCUGUCGCCGGACGAGCUGACGCAUCUGAGGCGACUCGAGCGACUCGACGCAGUCGGUAAUCCGUGGAACUGCGAGUGCCGCAGAAACCUGCAGCGAAUGUUGAUGGAACGUCACAUAGGCUUCGAGAUUAGCGGCGGUCGCUGCUACGAGAAUGGGAAAGAGGUUGGCGAGCCGACCACCGGCGACGAUAGAGGGCAGCAUUGGCAAGUCGAACACACGACAACGACGGGUAUCGGCCAAGUACGAUGGACCUCUUUCGAGGAGACUCUGCUCGAAAGGAACAUCACUGUGACGAGACCGAGCACCGUCGCUCCGACCAUCCAAGUCUCCACUGAGAGGCCACAACCGCCGAGUAAGGGUACCUGUGUGCUCGACAAGACCGAGUGGUCGCGGCAGGUGUACACUUGCAGUGGCAUCAACUCGCUGCAGGAACUUGAGAUCAUACCGCGUUCGGCGCACACUGUCCGUAUUAUCCUCUCAAACUUGAAGACGAUCCCGACGCGAGCGUUCGCCCGCUUCGAUGGCUACAUGUCCAGGCUGGAGCUGCGCAAUUGCGGUAUCGAGAAGAUCGAGUAUCGAGCCUUCGCCGAUCUCUACAACCUGCAGUAUCUGUCGCUGCACAGCAACCAGCUAGAGUCCAUGACGUCCGAAGUUCUAGAAGGCCUGACGAACCUGCGCCAGUUGGACGUGUCGCGCAACCACAUCUACCGCAUCACGAACGACGCGUUCGACAUGUUACCACAACUACGCGGCUUGGACGUCUCUGACAACUACAUGAAUUGCAUUGGGGUGGAAUACAUGGCGCGCAAGAUGCCGCAUUUGCUCUCUUUACGGGUCUCAGGCAAUCCCUGGAGUUGCCUAUGCGGUACAAAGCUGGCCAGUUUUCUGGACUCCCGUGGAAUUCGCUACGACCGCGAGUCCUUGCUCAGCAUGAAUGACGACUGCUACGCCACGGGCCUGCCAGUGACACCCACGACGAUACUGACCACCUCGAAGAGCACCACGACCGAGCCACCCUCGGUGCCUCUGCACCAAGAACCCAUCACGGGCUCCUGCACUGUUCAGCAGGAUUCCACGGGGCUGCGAUACCGUUGCAUCGGCGGCAAUCUGUCGUUGCUGAAGAGCAUACCUCGCGACGUCGUCGCCAUCGAGUUCCAUGAGGGCAACUUGCCACGUCUGCCGGUUGGGUCUCUCUACAAUUUCCCGCGACUGCAAGAACUCGUCAUCAGAAACUGCGGCUUGAGAACGAUCGAAGCUGGUGCCUUCAGAGGCUUGGACUCCUUGGAGCGUCUUACUAUCCAGCAGAACCCGUUGACGUCGAUUGAGCAAGGCUGGUUCAAUAUAGAGCGUCUCGAGCGACUGGAUCUGCGCGGUAACUCGAUCCGCUAUAUCGCACCGGGUGCCUUCCGUCAGCUGCCUAGGCUGGUCUACUUGAAUCUCGAGGGCAACGAUCUCCAGUGUAUCUUCACGAGCGACCUGAGCGACAUGUCGGAUCUGCACGUCGUUGAGUUUGCCGGGAACCCGCUCAAGUGGCGGUGCCGGAUGGACCUGGAGCAGUUCCUCGAGAUGCGCAAAAUCAAGUUUGUCAAGGUGGAGAACUCGUGCGAGGGUAAGAAGAUCAUGAGAAGUCUCCUCUACCAGAAUCGCAGCAGCGAGCCGUUGGAAUGCCCGCCCGGUUGCUCCACGGCUAAUGAAAUCGAACAGGCGAAAUGUUUGACGUUCUUCGUAGCGUUUGCGAUGCUUGUCGCAAUGCGGAUACAUUAA